GUUAGUUCCCGCCAUUUUAAUUUGUGAUUUGGUCACACUAAGUAAAUUGCAAAUUUUGUGUAGCAAAUAGUUAAGCAAAUAGCGUGCAGUUAUUUUUACAAAUAAAACACAAAGCACAAUCAAUAUGGAUAACAACAUUUAAAACACAACAACAAACAUAAACAAAUUGAAGCAAGAUAAUAACACGACUUGCCAAUACGAAAAAACAAAUAACAACAACUGCAAUUGCAUCUGAUCGCGCUUUGUGUGUUUCGGUGUGUGUCCUUGAAAAAUGUUUAUACAGGACCUUAAAAAUGAUUUCUACGGACAUUUGAUAGGGAAACGCAUACUGAUAAUAGUCAAUUAUGAUAUCGAUGCUAUCUGCGCCAGCAAAAUCUUACAAUCGCUUUUCAAAUAUGAUCACAUGCUCUACACAGUGGUUCCGAUUAUGGGCCAGACAGGACUUCGUCGAGCAUAUCGUGAGCAUCGCGAUGAUGUCAAGAACGUGGUGCUUGUCAAUUGUGGCGGCUGUGUGGACAUAGUGGAAUUACUGGAGCCAGCCGACGAUGUCAUCUUCUACAUUCUCGACGCACAUCGUCCAUUGGAUGUCUGCAAUGUGUAUAGUGAUCGGCAAGUGUGCAUUUUGGGAGAUCCGCAGCUGGAGGAGAAUAUACCAUCGUUUGAGACCAUUUUCUAUGAUUCGGACAACGAUGAGGAUGAGGAUCAAGACGAUGACCAGGAGGGUAGCGAGGAUAAUGAGCAUGAGCAGGAUGAAAAUGACAAUGGAAGUGGACCAAAACUGAGUCGCCUGGAGCGACAUGAACAGCGGAUUAUGAGACAACGUAUGCGUCGUCAGUGGGAAUCCGAACGGGAUCGCAUUAUGUUUGAAUAUUCACAAUUCAGUUACUAUGGACGAUCGGCAGCUCUACUAAUCUUCGAAUUGGCCUGGAAGCUAUCCAAAGACAAUAUGGAUCUUCUUUGGUGGGCCAUUGUAGGCAUUACUGAACAAUUGAUAUUAGGCAAAAUUGAGAGCUCAUCUUAUACCUUGGAAUUGGAGAACAUACAAUCGCAUGUCUCGCGGCUUACCAACAAAACAAACGAUCAAAAUACCAUGAGUUCGGCAAAAAUCCAUUUUGAAGAUGAUUUGCAUUUGACUCUAUAUAGACAUUGGACAGUUGUUGAUUCAAUGCGAUAUUCCCGCUAUGCAGCCUGCCAGCUAAAAUUGUGGACUCUCCGCGGGGAGAAGCGGCUUCACGAGUUACUGGUGGAAAUGGGCUUGCCAUUGGUCCAAGCGAAACAAAUGUACUCAUCGAUGAAUUUGGAAUUACGCAAAGAAUUCUACACGAUGGUGGAGCAAUUGGCCGAGAAAUAUAGUAUACCGCACAUUGUGUACGGGACGUUUACAUUGAGCUAUGGCUAUCGUAGUCGUUUUGUGGCCUCCGAUUAUGUGUACUCCCUGUUGGCCAUAUUGGAAUCGGUAAAGAAGCACAAGACUCCCGAAGAUUGCUUCAUGGAGGCAGCCGAUGCACUGAAUCGUCAGCAGAAGCAAUUGCUCAAUGCUGGCAUAGAUAAUGCUAAGCUAUUGCAUUCAUCAAUAUUCCGUCAGGUGCAGAGUAGUUUGGAAUCGCAUCAAAUUCACUCGACCGGCUCGUUCUUUUACUAUGUGCUGCAGGAGGAACAUGCCUUCUUCUCCUAUCCGUAUGCCUUGGCGCUAUUGGCCAAAUUUAUAUUGCAUGGUCAUGUGGCCACAACAAGAGCUCGCCAAGCACCAGAUUUACCAUUGAUAGCCUCAUGUCCAUUGGACGCCACUCAGGGUAUGUGCCUGGUGGUGGGUAUUCCGCCAGUACGCGAAGAUUCACCCAAGAAUUUCUUCGGCAAGGCUUUCGAACAGGCAGCUCAGAGGAGUAAAGCUCAAUUGUUGCAGGAUUUCUUUGAGCCCUCGAUAGUCCAGUUGAAAUCAAGUGAUCUUACACGAUUCUUAGACGCGCUAACUGUCCUGUUGACCUAAACAUAGACUUAAAUCGCCUUAGUUUUAUGUUUUUUAGCCUUAAUUCGAAAAUAUUAUUUAUGUACCAACCACAAAUUGUUUUUAUCAUUAAUAGUAAUGGAUGUUUUUUUUUAUCUUCCUCUCAACAUCUUUUGCGUUUCGUUUAUAAUGUAAUAAGCAAAUGAAUGGAAUAGAUAUAAGAAAUAGAAAGAAAAUACAAUUGUCAACAAUAUAAGACCUAAUAAGUAAUCCCUAA